GGGAAUUGAGAAGAGAAAGUACCAAAGCCGCCAGGAGCGUGGGGGAGGGAGCCGAGCCUACUCUCUCCGUCCUAGUUCCAGUCCUACUUCUGACUUUUAUUGCGGCUGACAGAAUUCGAGGUUGGGAAGCGAAAGAGGGGAGGCCUUAUAAACACGGACUAUUCGGUUAGAAAAGGCCUCUUUUCCCCUGAAAUUUUGAAUGGUAUGCCCUCGCUCGCUCCGCGGUGGUUGCGGACAGCUGGAGCCACCUGGGGGCGUUGGGUGUCGCCGAGCGCGGGGACGGGAAAGUCGUGAUCGCCUCCCGGUCUAACUACCUUGUCAAGUGAAACAGACUACAAGGCGUGAUUACUCACUUGCCCUAGGUCGCACAACUAGUAAAUGGCCAACGUGGAAUUCGAAUCCCAGUAACCAGACACCUUUGCCUGUGGAUUUAACCAUUACGCUGCACUCGCCUGGUGGGCGCUGGAGCUCCCGAGUAUGAAAUGAGGCUGUGAAAGCUCAGAGAGUACAAAAGGACAUUUUCCCCCAAGGGCAUCGCAACAUCUGAAUGGAGCCAGAGAAGAAGAGCGAGAAGUUGACCUAGUGAAGUGGGGCAUUCCUGGAGAAGUACGGAUAUCUCAAUGAGCAGGUCCCCAAAGACCUCACCUCCGCAAGAUUUAGCAAUGCCAUCAGGGAGUUCCAGUGGGUAUCUCAGCUGCCCAUCAGCGGUGUGCUAGACCCUGUCACCCUGCGCCAGAUGACGCGGCCCCGCUGUGGGGUGGCAGACACAGACAGCCAGGCGGCCUGGAACGAGAGGGUCAGUGCCCUGUUUGCUGGAGGCCGGGCCAAAAUGAGGCGUAAGAAACGCUUUGCAAAGCAAGGCAGCAAGUGGUACAAGCAGCACCUCUCCUACCGCCUGGUGAACUGGCCACAGCACCUCCCUGAGCCGGCAGUUCGUGGGGCCGUGCGAGCCGCCUUCCAACUGUGGAGCAAUGUCUCGGCGCUGGAGUUCUGGGAGGCCCCAGCCACAGUCCCUGCUGACAUCCGCCUCACCUUCUUCCAGGGCGACCACAACGACGGGCUGGGCAACGCCUUCGAUGGCCCAGGGGGCGCCCUGGCGCACGCCUUCCUGCCCCGCCGGGGCGAAGCGCACUUCGACGGCGACGAGCGCUGGUCCCUGAGCCGCCGCCGCGGCCGCAACCUGUUCGUGGUGCUGGCGCACGAGAUCGGCCACACGCUCGGCCUGCCGCACUCCCCCGCGCCGCGCGCGCUCAUGGCGCCCUACUACAAGAGGCUGGGCCGCGACGCGCUGCUCAGCUGGGACGACGUGCUGGCCGUGCAGGGCCUGUAUGGAAAGCCCCAGGGGGGCUCAGUAGCCAUCCAGCUCCCAGGAAAGCUGUUCACUGACUUUGAGGCCUGGGACCCCCACAGGCCACAGGGAAGGCGCCCCGAAAUCCAGGGUCCCAAAUACUGCCACUCUUCCUUCGAUGCCAUCACUGUAGAUGGACAACAGCGACUAUACAUUUUUCAAGGAAGCCACUUCUGGGAGGUGGCCCCAGAUGGCAAUGUCUCAGAGCCACUCCCACUACAGGAAAGGUGGGCUGGGCUGCCCCCCCACAUUGAGGCUGCUGCAGUGUCGCUGGACAGUGGGGACUUCCACUUCUUCAAAGGGAGCAGAUGCUGGAGGUUCCGGGGCCCCAAGCCAGUGUGGGGUUCACCACAGCUAUGCCGGGCAGGGGGCCUGCCCCGCCACCCCGACGCAGCCCUCUUCUUCCCGCCUCUGGGCCGACUUGUUCUCUUCAAGGGUGCCCGCUACUACGUGCUGGCCAGAGAUGGACUGCAGGUGGAGCCCUACUACCCCCGGGGCCUGCAGGACUGGGGCGGUGUCCCCAAGGAGGUCAACGGCGCCCUGCCUCGGCCUGAUGGUUCCAUCAUCUUCUUCAGGGAUGACCGCUACUGGCGCCUUGACCAGGCCAAACUGCAGGCAACCGCCUGGGGCCGCUGGGCUGCAGAGCUGCCUUGGAUGGGCUGCUGGCAUGCCAACUCGGAGGGUGCCCUGUUCUGAAGACACCCCCACCUCUUACUGAAUUGUUGGUGCCCUCAUGGCCAGUAUGUGUGCCCUGGCCCAGGGGCAGGAUCUGUGUUGGAAGCUUCUGAGCCUCCCUGCUCAGGCAGGAAAGUUUGCAUUUGUUCCCUGGAGAAUGUCUCUGUGCUCUUAAGACAUUGAUCUUUGUGGGAUCAAUCCAAGGAGAAGCCAAAAAGGGUCUCAAACUCCAAUGGCUCUUCCUCAAAGGACCCCAAGCCUGGACGAUUUUGUUUCUUCUGCUAAAGAUGCACUUCCUAUCUAUGAGGUGACAGCUCAGGCGGCCAGAGAGGAUCUAAAGCUCGAUGGAGAGGUUGGGACUGCUUUGCAAGACUGUCUCCUUCCCCUCAGAACCUCCUGGCUCAGUUCUUGGAGAAUUGGGUCUCUUCAAAUGUGAGGCCUCACCUCCAGGAAGCUUGUGUGGGUUGGGUACAAGGAGUUUCCAAGGACCCCUCUUGGGUGGGAGGGUCAGGACCCAGAGCAAGAGGGAGACUGAUGCAGGCCUGCUGGGCUCGACUUUGGGGGAUGGGAUGGCUGGAAUAAAGCGGUGCCCCCAGCUGGUGGGCCUGGAGGCGGGCA